GCACGCUUGUCAAUCUGUCAAGACUCGAAAAAACAUAACCGGGUGUUUUUGUGUAUUAUUUUUCAAAAUACAUCCCAAAAUAUUAACUUUAUUAAAGAAAAAAAGCAAAUUAAACGCUCAUAAAACUCUAUCAUGACCGAAUCAUCAAACAACAACAAGAAAUACCACAAUCGUGGCAAUUGGAAUAAAUCUUCCAAGAGACAAACUUUAGAAAUCGGACAGCGAGGUUUCUUGGCCACAUGCAAUUUCCGUGAAAGAGAUUGUAUCCGUGAAUGCUACAAUCUCCUCAAUCAUUAUGCCAACGAGCUUUAUGGACCAAUUGAAAAGAAUCCCAAUGAAAAGGAUGAGGAUCCAGAGCAGCCCGCCGAAGAAACAGACAUUUCUGAUGAUCUUCAAAAGGAAAUCGAUGCCGCCAAAGCUGCAUCGAAACCCGGCAAAUUGUGUCGAUUCAAUUCGAUAGAUACUGGCACAAAGAAUUGUAUAUUCAUAAAAACAACACUUCCCAAUCCGGUAGAACUGGGAACAAGAAUCAUCAAGGACAUUGCCGAAACAAAGGUCCAAAAGACCAGAUACCUUCUCCGAUUGACGCCAAUCGAAGUCGUUUGUCAAGCCAGUGUGGACGAGAUUACAAAAGCUGCUGGAGCUCUGUUCGACAAGUAUUUCCUCAAAGAGGGAAAGACAUUUGCGAUUGUCUUCAACAGAAGAUUCAACAACGACAUCAAACGAGAUGAAAUCAUCAAGAUUCUUGCUGACUUGGUGUUCGAUAAAAAUAUGAAGAAUAAGGUAGAUUUAAAGAAUGGCGAAUUAGCGGUUAUAGUGGAAAUCAUCAAAAAGAGAUGUUGCCUAUCCGUGGUCGAGGGUUACUUCAAGUAUAAGAAGUACAAUCUAAUUGAACUCGCCUCCAACAAAACAACAGACACCGAAUCCACAGACCAAAAGGAGACUGACAAAAAAGCGACGGAGGAAGAUGUGGAAGUAAAGGAAACGGAAGAAAAGAAUGAUGACAAACCUCUUGACGAUAACGAACAAUCCAACCAAGAUGAACCUUCGCCAAAAAAGUUUAAGGCAGCUGAAGAAAAGACUUCGAAUUCAGAUCCUGCCGAAGAGAGUCAAAUAAAAACUGACGCAAAUUGAAGUAUUCUUAAGAUUUAUUUUUAAUAUACUCUUUGGUUAUAUAUUGUUA